AUGGUUCUUGUACUGGCGCUGGUCUCGCUGCCAUGGGGCCUCCUGGUGUGCAGCCUCCUGUGCCUCGCCCUCCUGCGGCAGGCCGCCAAGCUGCUGGACAUGAUGUGGCUGCAACCGCGGCGGCUCGAGCGGGAGCUCCGGGCACAGGGCCUCCGCGGCACGCCCUACCGCUUCCCCGCCGGCGACAUUAAGGACUACGGCCGGCUGAGCAGGGAGGCCUGGUCGAGGCCCCUGCCGCUGCGGUGCCACGACAUCGCCCCCCACGUUGCGCCUUUCCUCUACAACACCGUCCAGGAACACGGCAAGACCUGCUUCUCUUGGUUCGGCCCCGUCCCGAAGGUGACCAUCGGUGACCCUGACCUCGCCAAGGACGUCAUGUCCAAUAAGUUCGGGCACUUCGAGAAGAUGAAGUUCCCCGCGCUAUCCAAGCUGCUGGCCGAAGGCCUCGCCAGUAUCGAGGGCGACAAGUGGGCCAAGCAUAGGCGCAUCCUCAACCCUGCAUUCCAGCUCGAGAAAGUCAAGCGCAUGAUUCCAGCAUUUUCGGCGUGCUGUGAAGAUCUCAUUAGCAGAUGGGCGGAGUCUCUCAGCUCUGACGGUUCAUGCGAGCUGGAUGUUUGGCCAGAGCUCCAGAACCUUACUGGAGAUGUCAUUUCUCGCACCGCAUUCAGCAGCAACUACCUUGAGGGAAGGAGGAUUUUCCAGCUGCAGUCGGAGCAAUCUAAGCGUCUCAUGACGAACAUUCAGAAGAUUCUCAUUCCUGGCUACUUGUCUAUGCCAACCAAAAACAACAAAAGGAUGAAUCAGAUCAACAAGGAGAUUGAAUCUAUACUACGAGGUCUUGUUGGCAGAAGAGUUCAAGAAAUGAAAGAAGGAGAAAGCACCAAAGACGACUUACUUGGUUUAUUGCUAGAUUCAAAUAUGAGACACGUGGAUGAGCAUGGAGAAUCCCAAGUGGGAAUGACAAUUGAAGAUGUCAUCGAGGAAUGCAAGUUGUUCUAUUUUGCAGGAAUGGAGACAACAUCGGUGCUACUCACGUGGACUAUGAUCGUACUAAGCAUGCACCCGGAGUGGCAAGAUCGUGCGAGGGAAGAAAUCAUGGGUCUAUUUGGAAAACACAAACCAGAAUACGAAGGCCUAAACCGACUCAAAACAGUGACCAUGAUCCUAUAUGAGGUUCUCCGGCUAUACCCACCAGCAAUAACAUUCAGCCGGAAAACUUACAAGGAGAUGAAGAUUGGAGGCGUUACGUACCCUGCUGGAGUGAUGAUUGAGCUUCCUGUGAUGUUCAUCCAUCAUGAUCCUGACAUUUGGGGUAGUGAUGUCCAUGAGUUCAAUCCCGAGAGGUUUGCCAACGGGGUCUCCAAGGCAUCCAAAAAUCCAGGCGCUUUUCUCCCUUUUGGGUGGGGGCCACGGAUAUGCAUCGGCCAGAACUUCGCAUUAAUAGAGGCUAAGAUGGCGAUUUCCAUGAUCAUUCAGCACUUUGAGUUUGAGCUUGCACCGUCGUAUACUCAUGUGCCACAUACCGUGAUAACAAUGCAUCCAAUGCAUGGGGCACAAAUUAAGCUUAGAGUAAUAUGA